CGGAAGUGCCCUUGUUCUGCAAAAUAACGGAACAGAGACGGUAAAUGAUGACAGGUUACCUGCCCGUGAUGUGAAGACGGAUCUCUCAUGUAGAAACAACCAUUAAAUCUUUGAAGUCAGCGUGAACGCUCAGUUCCCAGUAGUUAAAAGGGAGCCUCAAAAAUGGCGGCUUUAAGGACGACGGUUAAGACUGGACUAGCUUUAUGUUAAAGAUGCUAAUUUUUAUCAUUAAGACGAUGGAGGGAAAUAAAGAGAAGCUGGGACAGCUCGACUCCGGUUCGGGGACGUCUAGAGGAUUUCUCGGCUCUUACAGUUGGACCGAAGCUCGGAUAUAACACACGGUACUCUUUGUUCGGUCGGAGGUCCAGUUUCAGAUGGGACAGAGGAGUCGAGAGGACGGGACUGACUGUACUGAAUGUAUUUAUAGCUCCAUGAUUUAGGAGUAUUUUUCCACAUCAGGUACAAACGGUCUGCGGGGAUGUUUCCACGUCAGCAGCUCUGAACAGAACGGCAGCAUUCACACAUUCAGGGCUCUGUGGGGGAGACCGGGACCGGCUGCGACACUUUUUGCACUUCUGUCAGUAACAAGGAAGCUGUGAGGACCAGACCGACCAAAUUUAAAUAUCUUAUAGUUACACCUGUGUGUUAUCGUUUAUUUCAAGAUACAAACUUUCAAGAAGAUUUACAGUGUACACACUUGAGUCAUAGGGGUGUAAUUUUAUUCUAUACAGGAUGUAAUUGUGUUAAAAUUGAUUACCUUAGACUCAUCAAAUUUAUACUAUUGUCUCAUUAUGCAUGUUAAUAGAAAUAUGCAUUGGACUACAGUUCUAUAGUUAUAUAUUUAUUGUCAUAUUUUUGUUAUUCUUAAGGUGCAAUUUGUAAACAAUUACUUUUAAAUCUCCUGCAAGAAACUUUAGAUUUAUGUGGACUAUAACACUCCCUUGUGGGUAAAGUCUCCUCAUUUUCUCCUGGAUUUUGUUACAAAAAUGUGUAAAUAGUGUUUCUCAACCACAAAUCUCAUUAUCUUGAAAUGGAAGUAAUAAAAUAGGCAGUUUGUGGUUAUUUAUUUAGUUUGACACCCAGCCCUCCAGCAGCAGCUGAAAUAACCAUACAGGAGUAGUCAGUCUUCAUCUCAGUGGUUACAUUUGUAUUUGUAUUUGUAGGUCAUAAAAAGGUGUCAGUAAUAUUACUGUCAAUCUCAUAACCACAUUAGAAACACCCUCAAAGGAGUUUUAAAUGUUGUUUUUCAGUGCAUUAAAUAUACGCCUGUUUAAAGUAUCUUCCUGCCUGAUGCAAAACCCAUUCAGUACCUCAAAGAAUGGAAAGAUUUGUAGUUUGACAGACUUUUUUGUAAGACAUGAUUAAUUUUAUUUAGAUAAUUUAUUUCCUGUCAGUCCUCAGCUUUGAUCCCUGAUAACUAGGUUACCCAAAAGUGAACAAAACAAGAAUCCAAACUGUAGAAAAUUUGCUUUAUUUACUCAAAAUUUCAGGGCAGUUUGACAAAAAAUUACAGAUAAAAAAAAAUACUUAAACUUCUCCUUAGCAUUAUAUUUUCAGUAGAUGCAGCACCAAAUGUUAGGCUUAUUUCCUUUCUGCCUUGAGGGUAGGAAGCCUAUCUUAGCAUGUGCAGUGGUAGUCCCAUCUCUUUCUUAACCAUCCCUCGUUACAACGUCCCUGACUCCCAUACUUUAAAUAGCAAUGGCUCUAAGAUCCAGGAGAUCAUGGACAACCAUUAUUUUUGGCAUCUUUCUGGGAUUUACCGCCUCCUCCUGGCUCAUCGUACCUCAGGUCCUCGAGAAUAAACGGAAAAGAUCUCCAGAGUGUUUAUACUUCAGUGACUCCUUCGCUGGUAGAGGCCCUAACCAGGGUCUCAGAGACCGGGAUGGUCCGCAGGUCGGACCAGAGGAGGUGAGAGGAUUGGGCCCAGGAGUCAACAGCACUGGAGACACUGGGAAACCUGUAAACAGACCCACCCGCUUCCUCUAUGUCGGGGUGAUGACAGCAAAGAAAUACCUGAGGUCUCGCGCUGUGGCUGCAUACAACACCUGGGCGAGCUCCAUACCUGGGAAAGUAGAGUUUUUCUCCAGCGAAGGGUCGGGCACUGUCCAUACGCCUGGUCCCCUCCCAGUGGUUUCUCUGGCAGGUGUGGACGACUCGUACCCGCCACAGAAGAAGUCAUUCAUGAUGCUGAAGUACAUCCAUGACCACUACCUGGAUAAAUACGAGUGGUUCAUGCGGGCGGACGAUGAUGUUUACAUAAGAGGUGAUUAUUCCAGGAAUCUGAUGACUAACCGUUUGUGUCAGAGUGAGAGGCACAGCUUACUGAAGCACCUUAUUCAUGAGGUGUACAGAGAAUUUUGGAAACAUACAUUUCACUGUCAGGCCUCUGUUUUGAGCAUACAACUUGUUUCUGCUUGCAAAAAUAUUCUUAAAAGAGGGCUAUCUGAAAGGGCGGUGUUUACAUAUUUACAUACUUUAUGCUUAAGAUUAGCAGCUUUGGAUUUCACACAGGCUUACAGAGAGUCUUUAAGACACUGCAGGACAAACUAGCUACAAAAACACUGAUAUACAAGCUUCAAACAGUGUUAUUCUGUGCACUAAGAUCUCCCCUGUUGCACACUAGUCACCUGAUAUUAAUCCCCUGUUCACACUUGUUCUUGAUUUAUUGUAUUACCUGCAGCAUUUCCAUCCAUUCCCAUCUAAACAAUAUCAAGGAAACUCUUAAAACUCUCUUCGUAUGAAUUAAUAUGCAGAAUUAUGCAAUUAGUGGGAUUUAGCGAGUUUAAAAAAAAUAGUGCCAUGGAGUCUUCAAGUUUAAACACAUGUUGCAGAAGUUUUCUACCUAACCACGUGUCAUGAUAAAGUCUGGUUCCCCCUCAUCCGUUAGGUGAGAAGCUGGAGCUGUUCCUGCGGUCUCUUAACAGCAGUAAGCCUCUCUACAUCGGUCAGACUGGCCUGGGUAUGGCAGAGGAGCUGGGCAGACUGGCCCUGGAGCCAGGGGAGAACUUCUGUAUGGGGGGCCCCGGGAUGAUCUUCAGCAGGGAGGUGCUCCGCAGGAUGGUCCCUCACAUCAGCACCUGUCUGAGGGAGAUGUACACCACUCAUGAGGAUGUGGAGGUGGGCCGCUGUGUGCGACGUUUCGGGGGGACGCAGUGUGUCUGGUCUUACGAGGUAAAUGUGAUUUCUUUUUUUUCUGAAUCAGUGACUCUGAAGAAGGCUCGGGAUGAGACUUCUGGGGUUUAUAAUGGUGCCUAGUUUACAAAAGACAGGUUUUAGUGCAGAUUUAGAGGGAAACUUCAUUACACAGACCUCUGCUAGGACUGUUUCUGUAAUGAGGCUGGUCUGAUUUGAUUACAGACAAUCACGACAAAGCUAUUCAGUGUUUUUAAGAGAACAUUGUUCACUUUCAUUACCAGUUGAGAGGUUUAUGUGGACUUUGAGCAGACAUUAGACUUCAAAACAGACUUUGUCUGCUUACUGUUGCUUGGAAAGUAAUUUGUAUUGUAAUAGUCUCUGAAGGGGAAAUCAACUUUUCUACUGUAUGAUUGCACAUUGAACAUACACAAAGGCUGAAAUACAAACACAUGUUAGCAGCAGAGUUGCUCUAGAUACCUCCAGCACAUGAUGCAUAUAUUGUAUAUGUGGAAAGAUUCCAGAUGAACAGCUGUGACUGCUUUUGCUUUUAACUUUUUAGAGGCCUAUGCACCACAUGGUCGGUAAAAUUUUGCACAGUUGUCAUGUUAUCAAAAACUGUUUGUAGUUACUGUGGCUAUCAGGCUGCAACCAUUAUUUUUGGUUUAAGACUUUGUAUUGUGUUCAAGCUUCAGGUGAUUAACAGUUGAUCAGAAACUGUCAUUAAUCCUCAAUUUUGGCAUCAGUUUGUAUUCAACAUAAUAUCUUGACAAAUGUAUGCUUCUUAAAACUUGUAACUUUAUAAGCUAUUAUCUGCAGAUACCAUCAUUUUGCUGAUAAAAUCGUACAGGUCUGUUUCUAUAGAGAUUCUGUAGACGUGCAGAAUUACAAUCUGAGUCUGUCAAGGACAAGAAAACUUUGAUCCACUUCAUUGUGGGAUUAAUUGAGACCACUAAAACCUGUUUCACUACUGCUCAAUGUAGAAAUCUGUUGGGGUAAUGCAGUGCAAUCCAUUUGGUCCUUUUCCUCAGAUGCAGCAGCUCUUCUACGAGAAUUAUGAACGCAACAAGAAAGGCUUCAUCGAGGACCUUCGCAGCAGCAAGAUCCACAACGCCAUCACCCUCCAUCCCAACAAAAACCCUGCCUACCAGUACAGACUCCACAACUUCAUGCUGAGCAGAGAGAUCUCCAGACUCCGGUACCGAACCAUCCUGCUCCACCGUGAAGGCCUGGACAUGAGCCACCUCAGCGACACUGAAGUCCUGUGGGAGGACCAGCAACUGGGAUCCCCUCCGUCCUACAUGCUGUAUCAACCCAAUGAGAGGAUGGAUGUCAUUGAGUGGGACUUCCUGACUGGCCGCCAUAUUUAUUCUGCUGUGGAGAACAAGAUGGCCCGGCAUAAUCUUGGGAAUGUGUUUCGGACUGCUCUGGAGGAUAUUAUCCUGCAGGUCAUGGAGAUGAUCAAUGAGAACUCAAAAACACGUGGCCGUGUGAUUGACUUCAAGGAGAUCCAAUAUGGUUACUACAGGGUGGACCCGAUGCACGGUGCAGAGUACAUCUUAGACUUACUGCUUCUGUACAAGAAACAUAAAGGACGGAAGAUAACUGUACCUGUGAGGAGACACGCCUACCUCCAGCAGUCCUUCAGCCGACCCUUCUUCACCGAAACAGAAGAGCUGGAUGUGACUGAACUCGUGGCCGUAAUCAACUCUGAGUCCCAGUCCAUGUCUUUCCUGUCCAACUCCCUGAAAUUCCUGUCCCCUUUCCAGGUGUACGAAUCAACCGUGGAGAUGUGGGAGCAAAGUCAGAGAAAGGUCAACAUCCUUGUCCCGCUGUCUGGUCGCUACGACACAUUUGUCCGCUUCAUGGAGAACUUCGAGAAAGUGUGUUUGGUACCGAAACAGAAUGUGAAGCUGUCCAUCAUUCUGGUGGACAGUGAGAUCAAUCAGAACCGAGGGAGACACGCUCAGUUAAUCAAAGAGUACAGCAGAAAGUAUCCCAAAGCUGACCUGACCGUAAUCCCCAUGACAGGGAACUUUUCUCGAGGAUUAGCUCUGGAGCUGGGCUCCGCACAGCUAAAUAAUGACACUCUCCUCUUCUUCUGUGAUGUUGAUCUUAUUUUUAAUGGUGAGGCUUUGCAGCGCUGCAGAGACAAUGCUGUUCAAGGCACGCAGGUCUACUUCCCUGUCGUUUUCAGUCAGUACAAUCCAAAAAUAGUCUACCCAGAGAAAACCCCCAGAGAAAGCAAGUUUGUACUCACCAAGAAAAGCGGUUUCUGGCGAGAUUAUGGCUUUGGUAUAACAUGUAUUUUCAAAAGUGACUUAAUAAAAGCUGGAGGGUUUGACACCUCGAUCCUCGGCUGGGGACUAGAAGAUGUAGACUUGUUCACCAAAGUGAUUAAUUCUGGUUUCAAAGUGUUGCGCAGUCAGGAACCAGGAAUCGUCCAUGUUUAUCACCCCGUCCACUGCAACUCCAGUCUGGAGCAGAAGCAAUACAAGAUGUGCCUUGGGUCAAAAGCGAGUACAUUUGCAUCGACAAUGCAGUUGGCAGAGCUGUGGCUGGAGAAACACAUCGAGGUGGGGUAUAACAGGACUUCAUCCUGACACUCCCCCCCACCUGGACUUCUAAUGCAAGUUUACCUCAAUUCUGCAGAUUCAUAAUACAGAGAAGCAACAGAUGGGGGUCUUCACAGAUGGGAAAAUUAAACCCAGAGAGGACCCAAGACUUUCCAAUCCAAAUCAGAGGUGGACCAAACUAAUAACACCAAAUCAACCAGUAGGAAGGACGACCAGAGCCUUCAGGUGAUCUGGAAAACAUGUUGCUCAGUCAAGGAUUAACUGUAUAAAAUCACAGCUGUUGACUACCUUCUUCAUUUCCAAACCAGCUGGAUAAACCACUGACUCUGUACACAGUGGUUGUUACUUGGUACUUUGAACAUUGUAUGAUUCUUUCAGCUUUUUAAGUUCAUAAAUGUAUUAUUUUAUGUGCCAAUGAUGCAAAUACAGAGCUUUGAUAUUUGAAUUCAGUUUCUUUAGGAUUUGGCUCAAUUUAAUUUGUUCAACUGGUGUCAUUUGAUAAAUAUACAAAUGAACAAGUUCACUUUUAGUUGUCCAAGGCUCAGAAAUCUUUUGAAAAAAACUGCCCAAAUAACCAACUGCGUCUCCCUAUCUGCCUUUUGGGUGAUUUCAAUCAGUUUAUUAUCACUUUGACUGAUGAAAUAGUCAGACAUAUACUGUAAAUGCUAUAUUAGAUUAAUAAAGCAGGUAAGGCUUAAUCCAACUUUAAUGUUAUUGCCAGGAUGCAGCAGAAACAUGGCCUGCAGUUCAGUUAACCAGUGAAUCCAGUAUUCAGAUAUGAACAGUAUAACUUUGUGUGUGCGUGUGUGUGUUUGUUUCUGUGAGUAUGAGUUCGACGACUUAAUCUCAUUUAUCUGAAUCUCCUUGAGAAUUUUUAGAGCUUUACUCCUGCCAAGAUGGAGAAGAGCCUGAUUAGUUAAUUCCCUUGCCAAGGUGACUCAACUGUGCAAAUGUAAGGGAUAGUACGGUGAACAGGUGGCUAUGUAAGUAAGAACCAACACACAGGGUGAGAAAGACCCCUCUGUACCACCUGAUCACUUAUAUAUAUAUAUAUUAUCCUACUUAUUACUCGGCUAUCAAGCAAAGACAUAAAAAGACGCAAAAUAUUUAAAGAUGAUUUUUAUGAAGCUAAAAAGUAGUACCUUUGGCUUUACACUUGGUUAUAUGUCCAUGGCAAUAGAUUCUUAAACAAUUCCUUGAGAGACAAACAUCAAAUUAAAUUGAAAAUAUAUUCAAGGGCAGAAAAAAAAACAGUUGCCAGCAUACUUCUUAUAAAUCAUAUUAAACUUUAUAUUUAAACUUGGAUAAGUGUAGAAUGCCAAAGCCUGAGUAGGGAGAGCACAACUCCUCUCCCUAUUUGCAUGCAUGAAAAGCCAAGGCAGGGAGAGCAGCAGCAAACCCCAGGGGGAGACAAAACCGAGCUGGCAUCAGUGACAAUAUUUACAACACUGGUAAAAUCAGACACAACAUAAAUAGGAGGGGCUUGGGUGGAGGAAGGGAGAGCAGCAGCAAAUACCCAAAGGUCCAGGACAGAGUUGGCAUCAGUGGCGAUUUGCAUGACACAGAUUAAAUCAGAGACAGCAUAAAAACAGAAGCUGGGUUGCAAAGUGGUUUUGCAGAGGAAGAGAAGGAAGGCUAAAGCAGUUCAAAUCGAACCACCAUUAUGGUAUUUACUAAUGUGAUACACUGAAUGUCAUCGACUGAGUUGGCAGCUUUGCACUGGCUUUAAAGUCAGCUGAUGUACUGUGGCCCAAACUUGACUUUUUGGCUUGCCUGAACCAGCUCUAAGCUCAAUGUUUUCAUUAAAGGAAGCAUUGGACAAGAUGAAGAGGAUUAAAUAGUCAACAUGAAAGACUGAGCAUGGAUUCCUACAUAUUUACACACCAUUUAUUUUAGCUUAAAGCCCCCAUGAGGAACUUUAUGUUUGUUUAUAUUUUAGCACUUCCUGUAGACAUGGUGAAAUCUGCUGGUCUUGUUGCAGAAUAUCAACUCCUGGCCUCAAACUUUGCUUCAUGUCCACCCCUUCCUCUACUCCCCGCAUUUCUUCCCUCUCUAUGGCUGCUCUGUCCAGUAAAGGCAAAGAAGAAAUGCCCCAAACAUAACUUUUUAUCAUAGUCUACUCAGCUACAGGCAGGUAUCGUAUAAGGCAGCCUACAGUUUUAAGAUGUCCAUAAAUUUUUAGAAAUUAGUUAGAAAGAAGCAGAUCCGUCUUAAAUGUUGGAAAGAACAGAGGGGAUGAAUAAAUGCUUCACAACACAACGAAUCAGACAAUCUGUACAUAAAAACUCCUCACUGAAGACAUUUUUUAUAUCAUCAAGAGCUUCAGUUUCUCCCAAAUGUCAUGAAAGAACAAAGCUUCAUCUGGGACUUUAAUAAAUUAUUAUUUUAUGAA